CAGAGCAGGACCCCCCCUCCUCCACGGGCACCAGGACCCCCUCCUCUACGGGCACCAGGACCCCCUCCUCCACGGGCCGACAACCCACGUUUUGUGAAGAUGAAGAUUGAUACCAGCCUGACUAUGCCCCAGCUCCCUGAGGCUCUGUCCCAGGCGGGCCUCCAGUUCACCGUGGCCACUGAGGAUGACUUUGAUGACAUCAUGGCUAUGAGCCAGGACAUCUAUGGAGGCCUGGACUACCUGCCCACUAGGUACACCAGCUGGCUGCAGGAGACCAACCGUACCGUCAUACUGGCACGCAAACAUGGGAAAGUGAUCGCUCUGGAGUCGGUGUGCGUGAUUGAUGAUGGGGAGACCAUGCUGGUUGAGGGUCUUCGCGUGGCCCCUCAGGAGAGAGGAAAAGGUGUGGCAGGAGUUCUGCUGCGUUUCUGCUCUGAGCUGGUUAAACUGAAGUACCCCGAAGUCAAAGUGACCCGUUUGACCCGUGAUGAUCAGCUGGGGCCAAAGGACUUCCAGAAGUACCGCAUCAUAACCAAGCAGGGUAUUCUGCUGGUGCGUUUUAAAGCAGAAGAUCUUAAACUUCGUCUGUCCGAGCUGGACAUUGGUGGAGACAUUCAGUCACCUCUGUCUUCGUCCGUUGCUACACCUGUGCGUCUGGACCAAACAACAAUCCACCGUCUGUAUCUAACCACUGACCUGAUGAACGGCGUCCUCCCUAACUCCACCAUCAUCCAAGACUGGCAGCCGUUCAAACCUCUGCCCAGUAACAUGGCCAUUCUGCUGAAGAAAGAGAUCGACUGGAUGGUGGAUGACGUGUCGAACCCCAGCGUGGCAAGCCUCUGCACCUUCCCUUUCAGGGUGCCCAUUGGAGAUGAUUGGUACUACCUGAACAUUGACAUGUUCGGUAAGGACCUGGCUCUGGCUCAGCAGCAGUUCUUGUGCCACCUGCAGCGCCAUACCGCCACCCUGAAGGGUCACGUGAUGUGCCAGAUGUUCCUGGACCCGCCCCUCUGGAAGCCCAUGGUCGAUUUCUGCAACAACACGUUGAAUGUGGAGCUGGUGAAGGAGUACACGGAGCAGUGCGUGGUGGAGGCCGACGUGGUGUAGUGACAGCAGACGGACGGACGAGAGCCAGGGCGAGAUGAAGGAGUCAGUAUGAAGACUAAAGGGUCUACACAACCACGAACGGACACCAAAUACACAACAGAAACAACACAACCAUGUGUACGGAGGAAUCAAACCAUGCAAACAACACAUAGGCCUGACCAAACCAAUCAGCUCUGAGAAUAAACCCAGGGGGUGGACGAUCAGUCAUCAGCACAACAUGAACAAAACAUCACCACGAACAAGAUAGAAACAUUCAGAGGGUUAAACAGGUGGUUAUGAGAGAUUUUAAAGGCUUUCUCUGGGGCUUACACCCCCGAAAUACAUAGACAUCAACAAGACAUCGAAAACCAACUCUUAAUAAAGGUUUAAAGGGUGGCGAUGGGACGUUUUAAAUGGUUCUUUUCCCAAAAUACAUAAAAACAAGACAUCAAACACCAACAGGGGUUAAUGCAGAUUUAAAUGGAUGGUUAUGGGAGAUUUUAAAGGCUUUCUUUGAAGUAAAACACAAUCAACAGGUAUUAAAGAAGGUUUAAAGUCCAGUCCAGACCAAAGAUUCACAACGAGACCGUUUUAGAGUGUUCAGACCCCAGCGCUCCCUGUAGCUGAAGUUAGUCAGUAUUUCAGAAAAAUUAAGGUUUAGGCCAUUUUAGUUGUUGAAACUUAGGGUAGGGUUGGUACUACAUAAAAAGAAAAACUGUUUUUUGUUUUCUGUUCUUUCAUUUACCAUGCUAGCGUCUUGGUUUCUCUUGUCACUAGUUUUUCCUUUUAAAAAAACAAAACAAAGGUGUAUUUGACUGUCCAGUCACAAACCCUAAGUUUGUUUGACAGACAAGGCUUCUACCGCCUCCUUAUGCCAGCGCCAUCUUGGCUCAAAAUUCCAACACCACUCUGUAUCUUCCUGUUUUGACCAGCACACAGUGACAACAUUAAAAAUGUGGGCUGUGAUCAGUCAUCACAGAGAUCGGUGGGUCCUGAGGCUAGACCAGUUGAGAACCAAACAAACCUCUCUGGAACAACCAGAGAUGGGACACCACGGUUUUUGAAAAGGUAGAAUGUCAAUGCUAGAGAGUAGCUCACGAUCACUGUCCUCAUUCAGAUUCACACUCUAUGAGUUCUACACAGAUAGAUAGCCAGGAGCAGGAAAGAGACUGGAGCAUGGGCAGUGGUUGCCAUGGAAACGGCACUUUGCAGCAGUGGGAACUGACGUGAACCUCUGGUCUGAACUGGACUCCAACAGUUGAAAAGUCUUGAACCACUUUAUAAAAACUAGCAGUGAUGAAACCUAGAACUAUGUCCCUCUGAGUGCGUUGGUACCUUUAGGACGCCUCAGUCAUGUGAUCCGUGUAAAUAUUUCAGAGGUCGUAAACAAACACGCUCAGUCAGGUUUCUGAAUCUGCAUAACUCUGACGGCACUUUAUGAAAACGGCGCUCUCAGGGCGUGUCAAAGAUGACAGAAGAGCUCUCUUUAGUGAUGUCAACCACAAUGACAGGUCUGUCUUUAGACAGGCGUUACCAUAGCAACGGCAUCAACAGAUGACAUCAUUUCCUUUAAUGAGCAUGCUCCGUGUGUCCCUCAACGGUUAGCUUUGCUGGUUUUUAUUCCUGUAAAUAUUUCAGUUACUAAUUUAAUCUUUUUACUGUGAAUGCUUCAGUUUC